UGUAAGGAACACAUGGUUGCACUGUGGGCGCAUGAAUGUUUCCGUGUCUUUUCCGAUCGUAUGAAUGACCCAAUUGAUAAGCAGUGGUUCCGUAACCUUAUCUACGAGAAGCUUGCCAACAUCUUUCAGAUGAAGUGGAGUAGCAUCAUGCGGGCACGCUCACGGGAGGCCCGAUCGCAACCAUUGAAUGAGAACGAAAGCCCCAUUUUUGUGGACUUUUGGGAUGGGGAAUUCGACGAGAUGGCAAAAUACAAGCUGGUACCUUCAAUGGAAACUCUGCGUGAGAAGGUGGAGGAAUGUCUGGAGUUAUACAACGGUGAACCCGGCUCACAGCAGAUGAAUCUCGUCUUCUUUACAGAUGCCCUGGAGCACCUUUGCCGCAUUCACCGCAUUAUCCGUUUGCCACGUGGUAAUGCACUUCUUGUGGGUCUUGGCGGCAGUGGUCGUUACUCACUCACACGCCUUGCCACGUAUCUCGCCGGCUAUAGCAUUUUUUCUGUUGAGAUUCACAAAAAGUACGACUCGGAUCGCUUCCAUGAGGAUCUGCGCUCCCUCUACAAGGCCUGCGGGCUAAAACUGCAACAGAAGGUCUUUUACUUCUCGGACAAUCAGAUAAUGCAGCCGUCUUUUCUUGAAGAUCUGAACAACAUGCUUUCUACAGGCGAGGUGCCCAACCUCUUUCAAAAGGAUGAGCUGCAGAAUAUACGUGAUUCUGUUUUUAAGGAGGCCAUGGCGAGUGGCUGUCGGGACAGUACCGAUGAGCUGUACAACUUCUUUAUUGAACGCGCACGGCUGAAUUUGCAUCUUGUUGUUGCGAUGUCUCCGGCGCAUAAACUUUUCCGCACACGUCUCCGACAAUUUCCAGCACUCGUCUCAUGCACUUUGAUUGAUUGGUUUGUGAAGUGGCCGAACGAGGCGUUACGUGAGGUGGGGCUGCGCUACCUGCAGGAGACACGUGAGAAUACAGAAGACGAUGAACACCUUGAAGCCAUCGCCGACGUCUUUGUGCACAUGCAUGACACUACUAGUAGCACCUCGCAGGAGAUGUUGGAGCAGAUUCACCGAUUCAACUACGUCACCCCCUCUUCUUACCUUGACUUGGUGCGUGGGUUUCGCAAGCUGUUGACACGAAAGCGGGAGGAAAUCCUUGAGCAGCGCGAUAAACUCACGAAUGGCAUGACAAAGCUUGAGGAGACCAAACUGGCUGUGGGCAAAAUGACGGAGGAUCUGAAGGUGCAGGACGCAAAGCUACAAGAGAAGACCGAGGAAGUGAAUCGGGCGACAGAGAGCAUUCAAAUCCAGCAGCAAAAUGCAGAGGAGCAACAAAGUUUAUUGGCGUCAGAGAAGGUGAAGAUUGAGCAGACGAAGCGGUCAGCGUUAGCGGAUCAGGCCGAGGCGCAGGCGGAUUUGGAUCGGGCGAUGCCCACUCUUUUGGAGGCUCAGGCAGCGCUGGAUAAACUCGACAAGAAUGAUAUCAAUGAAAUCAAGUCUUACAAAACACCCGCAGUGAUGAUUCGUACAGUGAUGGAGGCGGUGCAGACGACAUUGCGGCGCAAACUUGACUGGGAUGAGGCGAAAAAGUCCCUCGGCGAGGCCAAAUUCAUUGACAUGCUUAAACACUACCACGAGAACAAUGACAUGACGGAUCAGCGGCUUCUUGACAAGCUUGAAAAGUACGUGAAACGCCCUGACUUUACUCCGGCAGCAGCAAGUGCGGUCUCUAAGGCUGCAGGUGGUCUUUGCCAGUGGGUGAUUGCCAUUCACAAGUAUGGCAAUAUCUACAAGGAGGUUCAUCCAAAGAUAUUGAAGAACGAAAAUGCCCAACAGAAGGUUCGCGCGCAGGAAGAGAUGCUGCGACAGAAGGAAGAGAAGCUUCAGCGCAUUGUGGAUGAGGUGAAAAAGCUUGAAGUUGCUCUACAGUUGAACAUCGAUGAAAAGACACGCCUUAUGGCAGAGGCAAAGGAGACUCAAAUGAAACUCAACCGCGCUCGUAUCAUCGUUGACGGACUUGAGGGUGAACGUGAUCGCUGGACCGAGUCGAUCGCUCGCUACGAAGCGGCCCUGGGGAAUCUCACGGGAGAUACACUUCUUGCCUGUGGCUUUCUUUGCUACUCGGGUGCCUUUACUGCCGAGUACCGUUUGAAGUUGUGGCACAGUUGGAUUAAGGAGAUUAAGCGGCUGCAGAUACCCAUGACGAAGGGUUUUGACUUUGUGGACUUCCUCGCGGAUCCCACGGAGGUGCGUGACUGGCAGCAGGCCGGACUACCGGGGGAUGAUUUCAGCAGAGAAAAUGGUGCUGUGGUGAUGCGGGGUACACGGUGGCCGCUCAUGAUUGACCCGCAGCAGCAGGCGAUUAAGUGGAUCAAGCGCAUGGAGAAGGACUGUGGAUUGAAGGUGAUUGAUCAGAAGCAAUCGGACUUCCAGAAGACGGUGGAGUACGCGGUGCAGUUUGGUUGCCCACUGCUCCUGCAGGAUGUGCUGGAGGACAUUGAUCCCGUGCUGGACUCUGUUCUUGCUAAGGCGUUCGUACGCAAAGGGCCCAAGACGAUGCUGAAGAUUGGGGAUAAUUAUGUGGAGUACAAUGAGAACUUCAAAUUGUACAUCACGACACGCCUUUCGAAUCCCCACUACACCCCGGAGACGUGUACGAAAGUUUGCCUGCUGAACUUUGCGGUGAGGGAAACUGGGCUGGAGGAGCAGUUGCUGAAGAUUGUCGUGGAGAAGGAGAAGCCGGAGUUGGAGCGUGAGAAUGAGCAGCUCAUUCUGGAUACUGCGGCGGCGAAAAAGGAGACCAAGCGCCUUGAGGACGAGAUAUUAGAUCUUCUUACCAUCUCAAAGGUUUCAUUAUUGGAUAAUCAGAAGUUAGUCGACACGUUGCAGUCUUCCAAAGUCAUUGCGGCAAAUAUCAAACAACAACUGAAGGAGGCGGAGAUAACAUCAGAGAAGAUUCAAAGUGCACGUGAACAGUACCGUGAGUGUGCUCGCCGUGCGUCUAUUUUAUACUUUGUAUUGGCUGAUCUUGGCUCCAUUGAUGCCAUGUACCAGUUUGCGUUGGACUCAUACAUCAUUCUCUUUCAAGGCAGCAUCAAACGAUCGGCGGAAAAAAUUUCCAUACAGUCACUGGAGGAACGUGUGGUGACGCUUAACGAUUGGCAUACAAGCGCUGUGUACACCAGCACGUGUCGUGGACUUUUUGAGAAGCACAAGUUACUCUUUGCAUUUCACAUGACGAUGCGUAUUUUACAGUCGGAGGGCCGAGUGAACCUGGAGGAGUAUGUCUUUCUUAUGCGUGGUGGACAGGUACUUGACAAUCAGGGCCGCCUGCCAAAUCCGGCACCGUCGUGGCUAUCUGAGCGUGCGUGGAGUCAUAUUCUUGAGUUGGAUAAACUGACGAACUUCCACGGUGUCGCCACUUCUUUUGAGCAAGCGCAUGAGACCUGGCAUGAGUGGUUUUUACAGGAAAACCCCGAGGAUGCGGAGUUGCCGGAUGAGUGGAAGACACGCACAGCGAGCAAUUACAUUCAACGCAUGAUAUUUGUGCGUUGCCUGCGCCCCGACCGUGUCAUCUUCAUGGUGUAUGAAUUCAUUGAAAGGCAGCUGGGCGCCCAGUUUGUGGAUCCUCCCCCUUUCAACCUCAAGGACACUUUUGAUGAAAGCACAAAUGUUAUUCCACUUGUUUUUGUACUGUCGCCUGGUGUGGAUCCCACGACCCAAUUAUCUGCACUCGCCCAACGCGAGGGCAAGCACCUCAAGACGCUGGCACUUGGCCAGGGCCAGGGCGAAAACGCCAAGCGGGCGAUUCAAGAAUGUUCACAGACAGGCGGGUGGGUAUUUCUGGCGAACUGUCAUUUGAUGGUUUCAUGGCUGGUGGAGCUGGAGAAGAUCAUUGAAGAUUUGUGCGAGCAGCGUCCCCAUGAAGAGUUUCGUCUCUGGCUCAGCUCUGUGCCGACACCACAGUUCCCUAUUGGCAUCUUGCAGAGGUCUAUUAAGAUGACGACUGAGCCCCCAACGGGCAUUAAAUCCAACAUGUUGCGUCUUUACAAUCAGUUCUCUGAGGAGCAGUUUGUGGAUCACUCCGGUGUCCAGCCCAAUUUCUACCGUAGUCUUCUCUUUGCAUUGUGCUUCUUCCACUCCGUGUUGCUUGAACGGCGCAAGUUUGGUAAUCUUGGCUACAAUGUUGUGUACGAUUUCACUUCCUCCGACUUUGAGGUGUCGGAGAAUAUCAUCACGCUGUACGUCAACACGAUGCCUUCAGAUCGUGUAGAGGAUAUUCCGUUUGUCACGAUUCGCUACCUCAUUGCGGAGGCAUCCUACGGCGGUCGCGUCACAGAUGAUUGGGACCGUCGUGUACUUAACACAUACAUUAAACAGUUUAUGUGUGAGGCCAUAAUAACUGAAGAACGAUACCCACUUUCAUCGGCAGAGGAGUAUUACAUCCCAGCGGAGUGUACGACGCUGCAGUCAUACAAGGAGGAAUGUAUGCAACUGCCCAUCACCGAUCCACCAGAGGCAUUUGGUCAGCAUGCAAAUGCCGACAUUUCAAGUCGUGUUGCGGAGUCCACAAUGCUUCUAUAUAAUCUUAUCAAUGUGAACACAACACUGGCACGCUCUGGUGGCGCAAGUGCAAGCUCUGCAAAGCCGGCUUCAGAUGAAUCACGCUGCCUUAAAAUUCUUGCGUCUUUGGAGGAGCCGAGCAAGGCUGCCAUCCCAAACCUUAUUGAUUACGACGCAGUUUACGAAUCUGUCAAGGAGGACUCGAACAAUGCUUUGAAUACAUGUUUGCUGCAGGAGAUUCAGCGGUAUAAUUUGUUGCUUCGAAAGAUUCAUGCGCAGAAGAGUGAGCUUCGGCGUGCGGUGAAGGGAGAGGUGGUUAUGAGUGAUGAGCUUGAAAUGGUGUUUAAUGCUCUCUUGCUGGGUCGUGUCCCACCACCGUGGACAAGCGCGUAUCCAAGUGUGAAGCCACUUGCGAGUUGGUCUGUCGACCUUGUGGAGCGCAUAGAUCAGAUGAAACAGUGGGGACAACGUACGCCAAAUGUAUUUUGGCUCUCCGGAUUUACAUAUCCGACCGGCUUCUUGAAGAGUUUGCAACAGCAGCAGGCUCGGCACGAUCAUAUCUCUAUUGACCAGUACACAUGGGAGUUUAUUGUCCACCCUAGUGAUGAGCGCACUGUUGUGCACCGUGCCAAGAAGGGGGCAUAUGUUAGGGGCAUCUACCUCGAGGGCGCGGGGUGGAAUGCAGAGAUGAAUACACUUUGUGAGCCGCGCCCGCUGGAACUCAUUGUGCCCAUGCCGAUCAUCCACUUUAAGCCAAAGUUGCGGGACGGCAAGCCACGUUCCUCAUCGAUAUACGAGUGCCCAUUGUACAUGUACCCUAUCCGCACCGGUACGCGCGAGCGACCAUCGUUUGUCGUGGCAGUCGACCUUCCUUCCGGCGAGGCAGUGCCCGACCAUUAC